AUGGAAAUCGCCUCUGAUGGGGUGUCUAACGGUGUGGCGGCGCCCACACAGACGCCCAUGGUGGAUUCGAACGCUGUGAUCCAUUACUUAGUCGAGGUGUUGCAAGUGACCUUGGGAGCUCUGAAAACUGAGCUGGAAAGUGCUGGUAGCUUGCUAUCCGAAGCUAAGUAUAGCGACACGGUACAGCGAUGUACGCGAUUUGCCUCGGAGUCUCAGGUGGCCCUCUACGUACAGAAGGAUCUCGUGGGCUCGGAGGCGACAAAUGGGACAGAUGAUGGUGAAGCAUCGUCUACCCAGUAUGUGUAUAACCUCGCUGCUGAAAUCUCUUCCUCCUCUACCACGCUCGCAUCGGUAGCCUUCAUCAAGCGUCCUGCCGCCAUCGAUCUUGCAUUUCCCAUAUCUUCUCAGAUCCAAGUGAUGAACCUUCCUGGGUUGGCAUCUCUGAAUAACCAGACCCAGCAAGGUACUUCACUAUCGCCGUAUGAGAUUCUACAUCUGCUGGUGCACCAUGGUCUGAGUCCCUACUUCGAAGCCUACGCCCGAAACCAAGAUACCAUCGGCAGCAUGAAGCCUAGAACGGACACAGAGGUGAAAACCGGUGUUCCGGGGACUAAGAAGAAGUUUGCGGAAUUGGAACUUGGACUUUUGCACCUGCAGCAGAACGUUGAGAUUCCAGCUUUGAACCUGCCGCUACAUGAGGUAGUGCAAGCCGCGCUUGUAGAGGCUGAGAGGCGACAAACCAAGCCUACUGUAGAGUUGAUCGAUUCAAGAGUACUCGAUAGUAGUGCUUUCAUCAACAGUAUACAGAACAAUGUGAAUGCUUGGAUUCGAUCUAUCCAGACCAUUACGAAAAUGUCCCGUGGUGUGGAUAGCGGAUCGGCAGCCCAGGAGAUUAAUUUCUGGUUGUCCAUGGAGACUGCACUCGAAGGAAUAGAGACCCAACUUCGUGGCGAUGGUGUUCAACUGACCAUGGACAUUUUGCGUCAUGCUAAACGAUAUCAAGCGACUCUCAGUUUUGUGGCCGAUACUGGCUUGCGGGAGGCCACCGACCUGGUCCAAAAGUACAACCAGCUAAUGCGAGACUUCCCACUAGAUGAGCUCUUGUCUGCUACCACCCUACAGAAGGUGCAAGAGUCUCUAAGUUUGAUCUUCGCCCAUCUUAACAAAAAAUUGAAGAUUUGCCCCUACCCAAUCAAACGAGCUCUUGCACUUGUCGAAGCUAUCUCGGGAGACCUAGACACUCAAAUCCAUACUUUGCUUCAUGGCAGGACAAUUUUGCACCUGGACUACCGCGAGUUCCGUUCCUUGAUGAAGACCGCGGGCGCUAUAUGGAGGACCUGGGAUGAAAACCUCAAGGACUUCACCAACGUUGCUCGGGAGUCUACGAGGCGUCGAAAUGAAAAAUUCAUCCCAAUUAAGAUCGUCGCUCGUCACGAAAAGACGCAAGAGAGAUUGAAAUACAUCAAUACAUUCCGAGUCAAUCACGAGCAGCUCCAGAAGACCAUUGUAAAUGUUCUCGGUCCGAAGAAUUCAACUUCAGGAGAAACCGCUGCCGGAGCCGGUUCCGAAGGCGCUGUAAUCGUUGAGGAGAUCGGAGAUGUCGACGCUGUCGAGGAGGUUGCCCAAGCUUACGCUGCUCUGAAGAACGUGGAUGUGCUGGAUGUGUCUCCCGAGGGCACUCAGAUGUGGAUACAGGAGGAGAUUGCAUACAAUGAGCGUACAUCCCGCGUUGAGAACUCAAUCAUUGCCCGCCUACGCGACCGUCUUGCUACUGCGAAAAAUGCCAAUGAAAUGUUUCGUGUUUUCUCGAAGUUCAAUGCACUUCUGGUGCGCCCCAAAAUUAGGGGUGCGAUUGGGGAGUACCAGACUCAACUUAUUGAGAAUGUUAAACAGGAUAUCUCGUCCCUGCAUGAACGAUUCAAGCAACAGUAUGCUCAUUCCGAGGCGCAUGCCAUGGCGCAGCUACGAGAUCUUCCUCCUGUUUCAGGCGCGAUAAUCUGGGCGCGCCAGAUCGAACGCCAGCUUGAUGGGUACAUGCGCAAAGUCGAGGAUGUGCUGGGAGAAGAUUGGCACCUACAUGCUGAAGGCCAGAAACUUCAUGCCGAGGGGGAACUCUUUCGAAAGAAGUUGGAAACAAAACCGGUUUUUGACUCAUGGUUGCAAGAUGUUCACCGACGUCAUAUCACGAUAUCCGGCCGAUUAUUUAACGUUGUGCGCAACCGCGCUGCAGGGAAUAGCUUGGAGCUUGUUGUCAACUUCGAUGCCCAAGUUAUUGCUCUGUUCAAAGAGGUCAGGAAUCUGAUUUGGCUCAAUUUCCAGGUCCCUCAUGCUGUUAGCAAUAUAUCUAAAGAAGCGAAACGUGUAUACCCCUAUGCCAUCAGCCUGAUGGAAAGCGUCCGCACGUUGCUACAAACAAAUCGUUCAAUUUUAACAAUGACAGAUGUUGCGAUGCUGCUGAACGGAUAUGUGAAUAAUGCGCAAGCCAUGAUUGUUAAAGGCAUUCCUCUCCGGUGGGAGUCAUUCGUUCAUUCUUAUGAAUUUCAUGUCAAGCAAUCGGCAUUGGCCAAUGGUGCUGUAGAGUCGGCUAUCCCAGGCAGAGGAGAAAGCAAGCAUGUCCAAUUUGUUCGAGAAUUCGCGGGAUCGGCGUCGGUUCUUCAGUCCAAGACAGCCGUUUUGGCUUCAAUACAUGAGAGUAUUCAAAAGGCUACUCAUGAGCUUAAAACAUGUCCCUACGAUGCCUCGGCUUUUAAGCAACGCCUGGAUGCCAUUCAAACUGCUGUGGAUAAAUUAAACCUGGAGAAUUACGUCAACCUUGGAUAUUGGGUUGCAAAUUUGAACCAGAAAAUCGAGUCUAUAUUGCAUGACCGCCUGCAUCGUGCAAUACGCGAGUGGAUCAGCUCUUUCCAGGAUGCGAAUGAUGAACAUUCCAAUUCACAGACGACGAGCAAUACACAGUACCUCUCGCCUGGUGAAGCAGAGAGCCCAGCCCACAAAAUUGAAUUCUCUCAGCUUGUUCAUGAGAUAUCUAUGCGAAAUCAGGUACUCCACCUGGACCCACCUUUGCAAUUUGCUCGAGCGAGCUGGUUCUCGCAAUUCGAUAGUUGGUUGGGUGUUGUCCAAUUGUCUGAAUCAUGCUUCGCAAACCUCCCACAGAAUUGCACAAAUGAGCUUAGUCGGGUGUAUAAUGCGGUCGAGACUAGACUGAAGGAUGUAUCUGAAUAUGUCGACAAGUGGUUGCAAUUCCAGUCUCUAUGGGAUCUACAGUCUGAGCAAGUUUAUGAUAUUUUGGGCGACGACUUGUCCCAAUGGCUUCAGUUACUUCAGGAAAUCCGAAAAAGCCGUGCUACGUUCGACACGUCGGAAGUGAGCCGGUCUUUUGGAAACAUUAAAAUAGACUACGAGCAGGUGCAGACGAGGGUCAAUGCUAAGUAUGACCAGUGGCAACACGAGAUUCUUUUGAAGUUCGGGUCAAAGCUUGGAGGCCGUAUGCGAGAAGUUCACUCUGAAAUUGCUUCAGCACGGCGAGAUUUGGAGGGACAAACCUUGGAAGCUGCUUCUACGGCUCACGCCGUCUCUUUCAUCACUAUAGUUCAGCAGUGUAAACGCAAGACAAAGGUCUGGGAGCCGGAGGUCGAUCUCUUCCGACAAGGACAGGCCACGUUAGCACGCCAGCGCUAUCAAUUCCCAAGUGACUGGCUUCAUGUGGAGAAUGUUGAUGGCGAAUGGGCAGCUUUGAAUGAACUACUUGCCCGCAAGAGCAAGAUAGUACAGGACCAAACUGAGGGCUUGCGCGCGAAAAUUGCGGCCGAGGACAAAGUCAUUGGCGACAAGAUCGCUGAAGUCAUUGUUCAGUGGAAUGAUGAAAAGCCUGUUUCAGGUACUAUUCCUCCAGAUGAAGCGUCCCGGACCCUAGGCUCGUUCCAAUCACGCUUGGAGUCUUUGCAGUCCGAAUAUGGGAUGGUAUCCAAGGCCAAAGAGGCGCUGGAUCUCCCAGCAAGUGCUGAGUCAUCUUUGCCCUCUAUUAUUGAAGAAGUCCAGGACUUCAUGUCAGUCUGGGCGGCAUUGUCCACAAUCUGGAAGAGCCUCAAUGACCUCAGGGACAUGCUUUGGACGAGUGUGCAACCUAGAAAACUCCGUCAGUCAAUUGAUGGUUUAAUUAAAAUGACAAAAGAAAUGCCUAGCCGAAUGCGUCAAUACGCUGCCUUCGAACAUAUCCAAAAUGUCCUGCGGCAGCUGCUGAAAGUCAACCCAUUGCUUUCUGAUAUGAAGUCUGAGGCUGUUCGGGAGAGACACUGGCAAAAGAUCUACAAAGCUCUUAAGCCAGGAAAGAGGUUUUCCCUCGUCUCCCUCAAUCUUGGAGAUGUAUGGGAUUUGCAGCUUGGGGCCAGCGAGACUGUAAUUCGCGAUAUCAUUGCUCAGGCCCAGGGUGAGAUGGCAUUGGAAGAGUUCUUGAAAUCAGUCCGUGAGACGUGGCAAAACUACUCUCUCGAUCUUGUUAACUAUCAGAACAAGUGUCGCUUGAUCCGUGGCUUCGAUGACCUGUUCGCGAAAUGUAGCGAGAACCUGAACUCUUUGCAGGCAAUGAGACAUUCACCUUACUACAAAGAGUUUGAGGAGGAUGCCUCCUCUUGGGAAGACAAGCUAAACCGAGUGCAUGUCCUUUUCGAUGUGUGGAUUGAUGUUCAGAGACAGUGGGUUUACCUUGAGGGCGUGUUUACGGGUAAUGCCGAUAUCAAACAUCUGCUUCCCCUCGAAUCAAGCCGCUUUCAAAACAUCAAUUCCGAAUUCUUCGCCGUUAUGAAGAAAGUCUACAAGUCUCCAUUCGUGCUUGAUGUGCUUGCUAUCAAUGGUGUGCAGAAGUCCCUGGAGCGACUGGCUGAGUUGCUGAAUAAGAUCCAGAAGGCGCUUGGUGAGUAUCUGGAGCGGGAGCGUAUUUCUUUCCCCCGUUUCUAUUUCGUUGGUGAUGAGGAUUUGCUGGAGAUCAUCGGCAACAGCAACGAUAUUUUCCGCGUAGCGAAGCACUUCAAGAAGAUGUUUGCUGGACUGUCAGGAGUGAUGAUGGAUGACGAGAGCAACAUAAUCGGCUUUACUUCCAAAGAAGGCGAGGAAGUCCGGCUGAAGAAAGAAGUCAAUCUCCUAAAGACCCCUAGGAUCAACGAUUGGCUUAGUGCUAUCGAGAGUAACAUGAAGUUGACGCUGGCGGAGCUUCUCGCUGAGGCAGUGCAGGAAUUUGAGCCUUUGUAUCAUGCCUCCGAGAUCGAUAGUACUGCUUUCAAUAACUACCUGACCAACUAUCCUGCUCAAAUUGUUGUUCUUGCCUGCCAGGCGGUUUGGACCAAUGCGGUGCAAAAAGCCCUGGAAAAUGGUGCUACGCUAUCUACAUUAUUUGACGCCCAGGUCCGAGUGCUUGAUUUGCUUGCCGCUACUGUUCUCGGCGAACUAGAUUCCAUAACCAGAAAGAAAUGUGAGCAUAUGAUCACAGAAUUCGUCCACCAGCGAGAUGUUAUUUCCAAGCUCAUCACUUACAAUGCUUCCACGCCGAUGCACUACUUCUGGCUCCUUCAGAUGCGCUAUGUGUAUCAACCUGAAGGUGACUUCCUCCAACGACUUUAUGUCCACAUGGCCAACGCGAAGCUGAACUACGGGUUUGAGUAUCUCGGUGUUCCUGAACGACUUGUUCGCACGCCUCUUACCGAUCGUUGUUUCUUGACACUCACCCAAGCUCUGUGCCAAAGACUGGGUGGCUCACCUUAUGGCCCAGCUGGUACAGGGAAAACAGAAUCAGUAAAAGCUUUGGGUCUUCAGCUUGGACGUUUCACUCUUGUCUUUUGUUGCGAUGAUACAUUCGACUAUCAAGCUAUGGGCCGAAUCUUCCUUGGAAUUUGUCAAGUUGGGGCGUGGGGUUGUUUUGAUGAAUUCAAUCGUUUGGAAGAAAGAAUUUUGUCUGCAGUCUCCCAGCAGAUUCAGAACAUCCAAAUUGGGUUGAAGAACGGCGAGAGUGACGAGAAGGCCCAGAUUGAGCUUGUUGGGAGGAGGUUGAGUGUUAGCCCUAAUACCGGAAUCUUUAUCACCAUGAACCCGGGUUAUGCAGGCCGUUCAAACUUGCCUGAUAACUUGAAGAAACUUUUCAGAAGUGUUGCGAUGUCCAAGCCGGACAAGGAAUUGAUUGCAGAGGUCAUGCUGUUCUCGCAAGGUUUCAAGCAAGCCAAACGCUUGUCAACGCAGACAGUGCCCUUCUUCGACCACUGCUCUUCACAAUUGACAAAACAAGCACACUAUGAUUUCGGUCUACGUGCUCUCAAGAGUGUCUUGGUUAGUUCAGGCGGCCUUAAAAGAGCCCGUAUUGCCAACGCACAAGGGGAACUUGGCCCAGAUGAAAUUGUUGAGCCUCAGAUUAUUGUCCAAAGCCUUCGGGAAACGAUUGCUCCUAAAUUAGUACGAGAAGACGUUGAUAAGAUGCUAGAGAUCCAGGCAGAAGACUUUGCGGGCGUAGAGUACGUACCAGCAAAUUAUGAGAAGCUUACAGCGGCUAUCCGUGAGAUUGCUCAGGAGCAGCAUUACGUCGACAGUGAAAUGUGGAUUACCAAGGCUCUGCAGCUUUAUCAGAUCCAGAGUAUCCAUCAUGGUGUCAUGAUGGUCGGCAAGUCAGGUUCCGGCAAAUCGACCGCUUGGAAGAUACUUCUCCAAGCCUUGCAGCGAAUUGAAGGAGUUGAAGGCGUUUCCCAUAUUAUCGAUUCCAAGGUCAUGUCCAAGGAAGCACUGUAUGGCAGCCUUGAUAGCACCACAAGGGAGUGGACAGACGGGCUGUUCACGGGUAUCCUGCGGAAAAUUGUUGAUAAUCUUCGAGGAGAAGAUUCCAAGCGACACUGGAUUGUGUUUGACGGUGACGUUGAUCCCGAGUGGGUUGAAAACCUGAACAGUGUUCUUGACGACAACAAGCUCUUGACCCUCCCCAAUGGUGAACGUCUGAACCUGCCCCCGAAUGUCCGGAUUAUGUUUGAAGUCGAGAGUCUCAAGUACGCUACACUGGCAACAGUUAGUCGUUGUGGUAUGGUCUGGUUCAAUAGUGACACUGUCACGCCCUCUAUGAUGAUUUCCAACUACGUCGAGUCUCUCAGGACACAAACCUUCGAAGAUUUGGAUGACGAUAGUACUCCUGCAGGCCAAGCCGCGGCCAAAUCACAGGACGCACAGGAAAUGGUGUCUGAGACUCUCAAAUAUCUUCUCCAGACUGACGAACUCGUACUCAGGUCCCUUGAGGAGGCGAAGAAAUACAAUCAUAUCAUGGAAUUUACGGAUAUUCGCGCCCUCAAUACCCUGUUCAGUUUGUUGAACAAAUCCUGCAGAAACGUCCUUGAGUACAAUAUCCAGCACAUCGAUUUCCCACUGGACUCGGAACAAAUCGAAUCAUACAUCUCCAAAAAGCUGCUUCUUGCGCUUGUCUGGUCAUUUACAGGUGACUGCACAUUGGGAGACCGCCAGUCAUUUGGCCAGUUCGUGUCUGCUUUAACAACAACCGACCUGCCGCCCGACAGUGUGUCAUCUCUCAUCGACUAUGACAUUACUCUUCCAAGAUCCGAAUGGACAAGCUGGCAAUCGCAGGUUCCUUCUAUUGAGAUCAAUACCCAUUCCAUCACACAGACCGAUGUUGUGAUCCCCACAGUGGACACUGUCCGCCAUGAAGAUGUUCUGUACUCUUGGCUUGCAGAGCAUAAACCACUCCUGCUAUGCGGUCCUCCGGGUUCUGGUAAAACCAUGACCUUGUUUGCUGCUCUUCGGAAACUUCCGAAUAUGGAGGUUGUCGGCCUCAACUUCUCUAGCGCCACUACGCCUGACCUCCUGAUCAAAACUUUUGAACAGUACUGCGAGUACAAGAAGACAUUGAACGGCGUGGUCAUGUCCCCGAACCAGAUCGGUCGCUGGCUAGUAAUUUUCUGCGAUGAAAUCAACCUUCCUGCCCCCGAUCGAUAUGGAACCCAGCGCGCCAUUUCUUUCUUGCGCCAACUUGUUGAGCAAAACGGUUUCUGGAGGACUUCAGAUAAGACAUGGGUUACUUUAGAUCGCAUCCAAUUUGUCGGUGCUUGUAAUCCUCCCACAGACGCCGGACGAACGCCAAUGGGCGAGAGAUUUUUGCGCCACUCUCCUUUGAUCAUGGUAGACUACCCUGGAGAGCUCUCGCUUACGCAGAUCUAUGGAACGUUCAAUUCCGCCGUCCUGAAGAUUCUUCCCUUGCUGCGUGGUUAUUCCGAAGCCCUCACUAAAGCUAUGGUGCGAUUCUACCUGGAGUCUCAAACCAGAUUUACCGCCAAGAUCCAACCUCAUUACGUCUACUCUCCCCGUGAGCUUACCAGAUGGGUCCGCGGUGUAUACGAAGCUAUCAAACCUCUUGAGAGUCUCUCUGUUGAGGGCUUGGUCCGAAUCUGGACACACGAGGCUUUGCGUCUCUUCCAGGAUCGACUCGUAACGGAAGAAGAAAGGAACUGGACUGGCGAUGCGGUUCAGCGCAUUGCACUUGAACACUUCCCAACUAUUGACGAGGAGCAGGCUCUAAAGGGUCCAAUCCUGUUCUCCAACUGGUUGUCUAAGCACUAUGUGCCUGUGGAGCAAGAGAAACUACGUGACUUCGUAAAAGCCCGUCUAAAAACAUUCUGCGAAGAAGAAGUUGACGUCCCUCUUGUAUUGUUCAACGAUGUUCUGGAGCAUGCUCUGCGUAUCGAUCGUGUUUUCCGCCAACCCCAAGGCCAUCUCAUCCUCAUUGGUGUUAGUGGCAGUGGUAAAACCACGUUAUCUCGUUUCGUUGCCUGGAUGAACGGCUUGAAGAUCUUCCAGAUCAAGGUGCACGGAAAAUAUUCUUCAGAGGACUUCGAUGAUGAUCUUAGGACCGUUCUUCGUCGGGCUGGAUGCAGAGGUGAGAAGAUCUGUUUCAUUAUGGACGAAUCAAAUGUCCUUGAUUCGGGUUUCCUCGAACGUAUGAAUACCCUCCUAGCGAAUGCUGAGGUACCUGGUCUAUUCGAGGGGGAUGAGUUCUCAUCCCUUAUGACUGCAUGUAAGGAAGGUGCUCAGCGUCAGGGUCUUCUCCUCGAUACCCAAGAGGAACUGUAUAAGUGGUUCACGCAACAGAUCGUCAAGAACUUGCAUGUUGUCUUCACAAUGAACCCUCCUGAGGAAGGACUGUCAUCGAAGGCCGCCACCAGUCCUGCUUUGUUCAAUAGAUGCGUUCUCAACUGGAUGGGUGAUUGGUCCGACCAGGCCCUUUUCCAGGUCGGCUCUGAAUUAACGCAAUCAAUUGAUCUGGAUAAAGCAAACUUUGUCGCCCCCGAUAGCAUCCCGGUGGCAUAUCGGGAGCUGAGCCUUCCGGCAUCUCAUAGAGAGACGGUCGUGAAUUCGAUGGUUUAUAUCCAUUACUCUUUGCAGAGGUUCAACCAGCGCCUCCAGAAACAACAAGGUAAAACGACAUAUCUAACACCCCGUCACUAUCUUGAUUUUGUUGCCCAUUACGUGAGGCUUUUCAAUGAAAAACGCGAGGAUCUAGAGGAGCAACAGAGACACUUGAACGUCGGUCUUGAGAAGUUGAGGGAUACUGUGGACAAGGUCAGCGACCUGCGUGCUAGUCUCGCACAGAAGAAAACGCAACUGGAAAAGAAAGACACGGAGGCGAAUGAGAAACUCCAACGCAUGGUCGCUGAUCAGCGAGAAGCUGAACAACGCAAGGCUGUAUCCCUCGAAGUGCAAGCGGCCCUCGAAAAGCAGGAAAAGGAAGUAGCUAGCCGGAAGGAAGUUGUGCUCAAUGAUCUUGCUCGUGCCGAACCGGCAGUUUUGGAAGCACAAAAGAGUGUGAGCAAUAUCAAGCGCCAACAUCUCACGGAAGUCCGAUCCAUGGGCAAUCCUCCAGCUAGUGUUCGUCUUGCACUGGAAGCUGUCUGCACUCUGCUUGGUCACAGGGUCGAUAGUUGGAAAACCAUCCAAGGCAUCGUACGAAAGGAUGACUUCAUUGCUAGCAUUGUGAAUUAUGACAACGAGCGACAGAUGACGAGAAACCACCGAAUCAAGAUGCAAAACGAAUUUCUCUCGAAGGAAGACUUUACCUACGAGCGCGUGAACAGGGCAAGCAAAGCAUGUGGACCCUUGGUUCAGUGGGUCGAGGCCCAAGUGAACUAUUCGGAAAUCUUGGAUCGCGUCGGGCCUUUGCGUGAGGAAGUUGACCAACUUGAAGAGCAAGCCUUGCAGACAAAGGCAGAGGCCCAGGCGAUCGAAAACACCAUCCAAAGCCUCGAAAGUAGUAUCGCCACCUACAAGGCCGAGUACGCUGCUCUCAUUAGCGAAACCCAGGCCAUCAAAACGGAAAUGUCGAGGGUCCAGUUCAAGGUCGACAGAAGUGUUCGUUUGCUUGACAGCUUGUCAUCUGAACGCACAAGAUGGGAAGAGGGCAGCAAAUCCUUUGAAACCCAAAUCAACACUCUUGUCGGCGACGUCCUGAUCGCUGCUGCGUUCCUUGCUUACGCCGGUCUCUACGACCAGCAAUUCCGAAAAGCUAUGGUUGAUGAUUGGGUCAAUCAGCUGGUUCAAUCUGGAAUUACAUUUAAGCCACAUAACCCUAUAACAGAGUACUUGUCAAAUGCUGAUGAGCGUCUGACAUGGCAAGAUCAUUCUCUUCCGGUCGAUGACCUUUGCACGGAGAACGCUAUAAUUCUGAAGAGAUACAACAGAUAUCCUUUGAUCAUUGAUCCUUCCGGCCGUGUUACAGAAUUCCUGCAAAAGGAAAGCACAGAGAGGAAGCUCACAGUCACCAGUUUUUUGGACGAUUCAUUUGUCAAGCAACUGGAGAGUGCCCUGCGUUUCGGAAACCCAAUCCUUAUUCAAGACGCUGAGCAUCUUGACCCCAUUCUCAGUCAUGUCCUCAAUAAAGAAUAUCAGAAAACUGGUGGACGUGUUCUCAUCCAGCUUGGCAAGCAAGAAAUUGACUUCUCGCCAUCAUUCAAGCUCUUCCUGUCAACCCGGGAUCCGUCGGCAUCUUUCCCGCCAGAUAUUUGCAGUAGAACGACCUUUGUUAACUUCACGGUCACGCAGAGCAGCUUACAGACUCAGUCACUCAAUGAGGUCUUGAAAUUCGAGCGGCCCGAUGUGGACGCGCGACGUACCGACUUGGUGAAACUGCAAGGAGAAUUCAAAAUCCAUCUCCGUCAGCUUGAAAAGAAACUUUUGCAAGCAUUGAAUGAGUCCCGUGGCAACAUUCUGGAUGAUGACAACGUUAUCGAGACUCUGGAAACGCUGAAAAAGGAGGCGGCAGAAAUUUCGAAGAAAAUGGUCGAGACUGAAGGAGUUAUGACAGAAGUAGAAAACAUUACCCUCAAUUACAGCAUCAUUGCUCGCUCUUGCAGUGCUGUGUUCGCCGUGCUGGAACAGCUACACCAUAUCAAUCACUUCUACCAGUUCUCUCUUCAGUACUUUGUCGACAUAUUCAGCUCGGUUCUUUACCAGAACAAGCGCCUUGCCCAGGAGAAGGAACAUUCCGCCCGAGUACAAAUCAUCCUUCGUGAUCUCUUUGUAACAACCUACCAGCGGACUUCAUUGGGAUUGAUCCAGAAGGAUCGUAUCACACUGGCCAUGCUCCUUGCGCAAGCCUCCCCUUACCCCAUGGACAAGAACAUCAUUGAUACUAUUCUCGAUGAAUCAGUGGAAGGGGCGGAUUUGUCGACAUCCCCCAAACUCAAGGGCCAGGUGAUGAACAAGAUCUCCAGCAUGUCACUAUUCAAGUCGCAUUUCCCAGCAGUACCCCAAGAGCAAUGGGAUCGAUUCGUGUCUGAAGAACUAGCAGAAAGUUGCGUCCCCACUCUCUGGGAGGAAGAUGUAGAACCGCUUAACCGGCUACUGCGGUCAUUACUCCUUGUCAAACUAUGCAGACUGGAUCGGUUCGUACCAACUGCGGAGCGCUUCAUCGAAGCCGUAUUUGGUCGCGAAUUGUUUGAAGGCAGUUCUGAUUUGAAGGACAUUGUUGAGCAAGUCACUGCAACUACCCCCAUUGCACUCAGCUCUAGUCCUGGUUUCGAUGCCAGCUAUAAGGUCGAUGCUCUGGUUGAGCGCAUGCAAGCCAAAUGUGCAAACUUGGCAAUGGGCUCCAAUGAAGGUCUAGAGACUGCUGACAAGGCCAUCAGCAGUGCUGCGACUGCAGGAACCUGGGUGUUGGUGAAAAACGUGCACUUGGCACCGUCAUGGCUGCAAAGCCUUGAGAAGAGGCUCGACUCCCUAAAACCUCAUAAAGACUUCAGGCUUUUCCUUGCGAUGGAGUCAAGCCCCAAGAUCCCAGUCAAUCUCAUCCGUGCUUCACGCGUACUCAUGUACGAGCAGCCUGCUGGUGUGCGCGCGAACAUGAAGGACUCUCUAUCUUCUCUAUCUGUACGGGCUAGUAAAAGUCCAGUUGAGAAGGCGCGCGUGUAUCUUUUGCUCUGCUUCCUGCACGCCGUUCUCCAAGAACGACUACGAUAUGCACCCAACCUUGGCUGGAAGGGCUUCUGGGAGUUUAAUGAUAGUGAUUACGAGUGUUGUGCCUUCAUUAUCGAUCACUGGGUCGAUGCUAUUGCCCAAGGACGGUCCAACGUGGCGCCUCAGAAGCUUCCAUGGGACAUGCUGCGCACUCUCGUCACCGAGAUGUAUGGCGGUAAAGUCGAUGAUAUUGGUGACUUUAAGCAAUUAGAAAUCUUAGUCCAAAGCUUCCUCACUCCAGCUGCUUUCGAGGACGAAUAUAAGCUUGUUUCGGGCGUUGAGAACGACGAAUUUUUGACGCUUCCGGGGCAGACUGGCAUCCGGGACUUUGUUGAAUGGGUGAACCGACUGCCUGAGCGAGAACCACCAACUUAUCUUGGCCUCCCAGCCAACGCAGAGAAGUUACUACUGGUCGGACAUGGCAAGAAGAUGAUAUCCGACCUGGCCAAGGUGACAACGUUGUUGGAUGAAGGUGAACAGUUGAUGAUUGAUGCUUAA